AUGUCUGACAUCCUCCUUCUGAUGGCUCGCCAGUCCAACCAUGUGAACAGCAUCUGCAGCACCUGGGGCAGAGAGCACUUCAAGACCUUCGAUGGAGACGUGUACCAGUUCCCAGGGACGUGUGAAUACAACCUGGCCUCCGACUGCCACUCUGAGUCCUACCAGGAGUUCUCUGUGCACCUGAAGAGGAACGAGGCUACUGAGACCGAGGGGAACCCUACGGUCAAACACGUAGUGGUCACUAUCAACGACCUGGUCUUCCAUCUGACCAAGACUCAGGUCGCGGUCAAUGGAGAAAUUGUAACUCUGCCAUACUACAAUGGAGGAGUCCAACUGGAGAGGAAUGCAGUUUACACCAAACUUUACUCCAAGGUUGGCCUGGUUGUCAUGUGGAAUGGAGAAGAUGCCGUCAUGGUGGAGCUGGACACGGAGUAUACCAACCGUACCUGUGGUCUCUGUGGAGACUUCAAUGGCCUUCCAGUCCACAGUGAAUUUAUUCAUGAUGGUCGUAAAGUGAGCCCCAUUGAGUUUGGAAACAGGCAGAAGGUCCACAGGCCCAACGAGGACUGUGAAGACCCCUAUGAAGAGGAAGAGGAAGAUGAACCUGCAGACGUUCAGCCUAAAGAGGACACAUGCAAGGAGUUUCAUGCCCAGUGUGACCAGCUCCUGCGCUCGGCGUUGUGGAGCUCCUGUGGUGCGGUCGUGAACCCUGAGCCCUACAUCCAGGCCUGUGUUCAGGACCUGUGUGGCUGCAGCAACACUUCUGAUAGCUUCUGUGUCUGCAGCACCCUGGCAGAGUACUCCAGACAGUGCUCCCACGCCGGGGGACAGCCACCCCACUGGAGAACAACAGCCUUCUGUGACAAGCAGUGUCCGUUCAACAUGGUGUAUCUGGAGAGUGGCUCUCCCUGCAUGGAUACCUGUACCCACUCAGACACCAGCUCCCUGUGUGAAGAACACCUGAUGGACGGCUGCUUCUGCCCUCACGGGACUGUGUUUGAUGACAUCUCAAAGCGGGGGUGUGUCACUCAGGACCAGUGUCAGUGCAAACAUGACAAAAUUUACAACUCUGGGGAAGUAUUCAGACAGGACCGUGAAGAAUGUGUCUGUCACCAUGGUCAGUGGUCCUGUAAAAGUCUGCCCAGCCCUGGUACAUGUGCAGUUGAGGAGGGUUCACACGUGACGACCUUCGAUGGGAAAGCAUUCACCUUCCAUGGGGACUGCUACUACCCCUUAGCCAAGGAUGAAGCCAGUCCAAAGUUCACUGUGCUGGUCCAGCUGGUUCCCUGUAUAAGACAGAAGUUUGACACUUGCCUCAAGAGUGUUGUGGUCUUGUUAAACAAUGAUAGAAACAACGCUUUGGUGAUUACCGCCGAUGGGAAAGUCAGCCACAAUGCACAGAUCACUCUGCCUUACAACACAGCUGACAUCAGUGUGUUCAAGCCGUCGUCCUUCCACAUGAUUCUCCAGACCAGCUUUGGGCUGCAGGUUCAGAUCCAGCUGGUCCCUAUCAUGCAGGUCUAUGUCACCCUGGACGAGAGCUACAAGACCAAGACACAAGGUCUGUGUGGGAACUUCAACAAGGUUCUUUCUGAUGACAUGAAGACCCCUCAGGGUAUGGUGGAGGGAACAGCCUCUUCAUUUGGGAACUCCUGGAAGGCUAAUCCUACCUGUAGAGACAGAGAGGAGAGGCUGGACGACCCCUGCUCCCUCAGUGUGGAGAAUGAGAACUAUGCUAAACAUUGGUGCUCCAUGCUAAGAAGUUCUGACAGCACUUUUGCCAAGUGCCAUGCCAUGGUAGACCCCGAGCUUUACUACAAGCGAUGCACGUACGCUAGCUGCAACUGUGAGAAGAGUGAAGACUGCCUGUGUGCCGUCUUCUCCUCCUAUGUACGAGACUGUGCUACCAAGGGAGUGGUCCUGUCGGGCUGGAGAGAGAACGUGUGUGACAAAUACACUGGUAACUGCCCAGCGUCUCAGACCUACUCUGACCAGCUCCAGAGAUGUCAGCUGACUUGUAGCUCCCUGGCCAGCAAACGCCAGGGUUGUACCAACGACUUCCUCCCCGUGGAUGGUUGCUCCUGCCCGGACGGACUCUACAUGGAUGAUAGGGGCACCUGUGUACCCAUGGACAAAUGCCCCUGCUUCCACAACGGGGUCCACAUCAAGCCUGGGAAGUCCAUCAACAUUCAGGAGGAGCACUGCACCUGUAAGAGUGGGAAAUGGGAGUGCACAGAUAAGAAGUGCCCAGGAACCUGUACCAUCUACGGCAGUGGCCAUUACAAAACCUUUGAUGAGCGCACAUAUGGCUUCCAAGGAAAAUGUGGCUAUGUGGCUGUCCAGAACAAAUGUGGGAACCGGCCUGUCCAGGACAACUUCAUGGUGAUCACAGAGAACAUACCGUGUGGAACCACAGGCACCACUUGCUCCAAGUCUGUCAGGGUUCAACUGGGGAGAACAGAGCUGAAACUAUCAAAGGGGACUUAUGAAAUGGUGAACCUAGGAGUGGGCUCUCAGAUCCAGUACCGAGUGAGGACCGUCGGUCUGUACCUGAUUGUUGAGUCAGACAUCGGGAUCGCAGUGCUGUGGGACCGCAAAACUACCGUCCGCAUCGUCCUGGAGCCACAGCAUAGUGGAGCAGUGUGCGGCCUGUGUGGGAACUAUAAUGGAGACGGCAGAGAUGACUUCACCACGCAAGGUCAGCUAGUAGUCAGCAGCCCUGUGGAUUUUGCUAACAGCUGGAAAGUGUCAAGCACUUGCCCCGACGCAGAAAGCAACGUGGACCCAUGUGGCGCCAGACCCAACCGUCACAACUGGGCUAAGAUGCAGUGCAGCAUCAUCACAGGAAAGACUUUCCAACUGUGCCACAAGAAGGUAGACCCUACUCUGUACUUUGAGAACUGUGUGAAAGACUCCUGUGCCUGUGAUACUGGUGGAGACUGUGAGUGUUUCUGUACAGCUGUAGCAGCCUACGCCCAGGCCUGCACUGAAGCUGGAGUCUGUGUUGCAUGGAGAACACCAGAGAUCUGUCGUUGUUACCCACAAUGCCCUCCAGAUAGGCCAAUAUUUGAUGAAGAGACCGGGGAGUGUGUUGAGGAAUGUCAAAAUGAGACUUUCUGGCUGUGCAACUGCACUUUGGCCAGAUGCAUUGAAAACAACACCAUUGAGAUCAUCGCAUACAAAUGCCCAGAGCCUGAGCCAAUCACAUGUACCAAUGGCAAGAAACCAGUGCUACAGUGGGAUGAGUUCUACUGCUGCCAACACUACGUGUGUGACUGUGUCUGUGAGGGUUGGGGAGACCCCCAUUACAUCACCUUCGACGGGCUCUUCUACAGCUUCCAAGGGAACUGUACCUAUGUGCUGAUGGAGGAGAUGUGGCCGCGUCACCAAUUUAAGAUCUACAUCGACAAUGUCAACUGUGAUCCCACCGAGGAUGUGUCUUGUCCUCGAGCCAUCAUCGUGUCCUACCGCUCAACAGUUAUAACACUGAAGAAUCACAACCUCAUUGGAGCUGCUCAGUUGGAGGCUCUUAUUGAUGGAGUUUCCCUGAGACUACCCUUCACACGGCACGGUGUGAAGGUGAUGAACUCUGGUAUCAACAUGGUCUUGGAGAUAGCACACCUCCAGGUGGUAGUUACCUUUGGUGUCACUGGCUUCAGCGUCAACCUUCCUUGGCAACACUUUGGCAACAAUACACAGGGUCAUUGUGGAACAUGUAGCAACAACCAGGCUGAUGACUGCAUGUUGCCAGGAGGUCAGCUGGUGGAGAACUGUGCUGUGAUGGCAGACUACUGGCAAGCCAAGGACAUCUCCCAGCCUGACUGCCAUGUGCCACCUGGAAUCCCCACCAACUCUCCUCUCCCUGAACCCACACAGAAGCCAUGCAAGCCAGACUCCUCUGUCUGUGAUCUCCUGAAGGACAGCAUUUUUGCAGCCUGUCAUCCGUUUGUCUCACCUGACAACUUCUACAAGGGCUGUGUCUAUGACAGCUGCCACGUGUCCAACCCAGCGGUGGAGUGCACCAGUCUGCAGACAUACGCUGCUGCCUGUGCCCAGUUUGGAGUAUGCAUCUACUGGAGAAACCACACCGAGCUCUGUGCCAGCGACUGCCCAGCUGACAAAGUCUACAAGCCCUGCGGUCCUGCAGAACAGCCAACCUGUGAUGACAAUCCAGACGAGUCUAGGAUGAACUUCACCACAGAAGGCUGCUUCUGUCCUGAUGGGAUGAAACUCUUCAACAAGGAAUCAGGGAUCUGUGUUGAUAAGUGUGGAUGCCUUGACCCUGAAGGUGUUCCGCGAGAGUUCAACGAGAGGUUUGAGUACAAGUGCCAGGAUUGCGUUUGUUUGGAGUCCACCAAGGCUGUGACCUGUAAACCCAAGGUCUGCUCCAAACCACCAGUAGAGAUAUGCACUGGUCCAGGCUUUGUAUAUGUCAACCAAACCGAUCCAUCCGAUCCAUGCUGCUCCAGCCUCGUCUGCCGUUGUGACAGCAGCACUUGCCCACCAACCAACAUGAACUGUCCUAUUGGGUUCGUGCCAGUGGUUUCAGUCCCGGAGGGAAAAUGCUGUCCAGAGCACACAUGUGAGCCUAAAAGAGUUUGUCUUCACAAAGGCGUUGAAUACCUGCCCAAUUCUAAAGUACCAGGAUCAGAGUGCCAGGAGUGCACCUGCACCAACAAAGUGGACCCCAAGUCUGGUCAUUACCAAAUUGACUGUGGAUUCAUGCAAUGUGACAAAGAUUGUGAAAAGGGAUAUGAGUACCAGGAGCCAGACUAUUCCUCAGAUGACUGCUGUGGUAAAUGUGUUCAGACCCACUGUGUCCUCCAGAUCAAUGGGACCAAGCAGUUGUUGAAGCAUGGAGAUACAUGGUCAGCUCCUGGUGACAAGUGCCAGCAGUACAGCUGUGUGAAAAACGGUGAUAACUAUCUGACCCAGAGCUCCAACAUCCAUUGCCCACCCUUCCAGCAGGCCAACUGCCAGCCUGGUUCAAUUCAGACCGCUGCAAACGGCUGCUGUAGAAUUUGUGUGGAGAAGGACAAGGCCUGUAAGAGAGGAUCCAUGAAGAGUUUCAUCAACCACAAGAACUGCCAGUCUAUUGAGGAGGUGGAGAUGCCGUACUGUGAGGGAUCCUGCAACACCUUCACCAAGUACUCUGCGAUGGCUGCGUCUCUGGACCACUCGUGUGCCUGUUGCCAGGAGUCCCGGUCCAGUAACCGCACGGUGGACCUACAGUGUCUGAAUGGAGAUGUGGUGCCCUACACCUACCUACACGUGGAGGAGUGUAACUGCAGACACAGCGACUGCCACAGAGCCAUUAGGGUGCCUGUCCGUAAGACACGCAGCAACACGCUGGUGUAA